GAUUUUUGCCGCCCUUUUCUGCUUCAUCAGCUGAGCCUUUCACCCCUUCCGGCGUACAAACCCGAAAAUGAGCAACACCGGCGCCGAGAGCCUGCCGACGAAGGAAGUAAACGUGCUGAAAGGACACGAGGGUGCCGUCUUAGCAGCAAGAUUCAACUCGAACGGCGAGUAUUGUCUGAGCUGCGGCAAGGACCGUACCAUACGCCUCUGGAAUCCCCACCGUGGAAUUCACAUCAAAACCUACAAAUCCCAUGGCCGUGAAGUCCGGGAUGUCCAUGUCACCCCGGACAAUUCCAAGCUUUGUUCUUGUGGUGGUGAUCGACAAGUCUUCUAUUGGGAUGUAGCAAGUGGUCGAGUAAUUCGAAAAUUCCGUGGCCAUGACAGUGAGGUGAAUGCUGUUAAGUUUAAUGAGUAUGCAACUGUAGUAGUAUCAGCAGGAAAUGAUCACUCUUUGCGUGCUUGGGACUGCAGGUCUCAUAGUACUGAGCCUAUUCAGAUCAUUGAUACUUUUCGGGAUACUGUCAUGUCUGUUUGUUUAACAAAAACUGAGAUAAUUGCUGGAAGUGUUGAUGGAACUGUUCGGACAUUUGAUAUUCGAAUUGGUAGAGAAAUUUCUGAUGACUUGGGCCAACCUGUCAACUGUAUCUCUCUGUCAAAUGACAGUAAUUGUAUCUUAGCAAGCUGCCUGGAUUCAACUCUACGACUAUUGGACAGAUCUACUGGUGAACUUUUGCAAGAAUAUAAAGGUCAUACUUGCAAGUCAUUUAAGAUGGACUGCUGCCUCACAAAUAGUGAUGCGCAUGUGACUGGGGGUUCUGAAGAUGGCUUUAUCUACUUCUGGGAUUUGGUGGAUGCAUCUGCCAUAUCAAGCUUCCGAGCUCACUCCUCAGUGCGAGUGAUUAUCAUUACCUGACCCAUUUUGGAACUUCACAUUAGUCUUCACAAUUUCAGCUUCAACAACAUGUGAUAACACUUGUGUAUUGGUACUAGGUGACUAGCGUCAGCUAUCACCCAACAGAUAGCUGUAUGGUGACUUCAUCUGUUGAUGGAACUAUCCGGGUGUGGAAAACCUAAGACAAGAUAUCUUCUCCAUAUUUCCUUUCUUUUUCUCCAUGAUUCUUGGUCUUGCUCAUCAGAGUUACUCAGGUCUGUGGGACUGGUCUUUCAGUCAGCAAAUCACGGUAUAAGGGGACUAAGAAAAUGAAAUUUAGGUCAGAAAAUGCUUGGAGGAGCUGAAAACCACUGUUUGAUUCUGGUUCUUAUGAAGCCUGUAGUGAUUAACUUAUUCUGAAUAUUCAGGCACAUGUCAACUGGGAAAUUCUAAGCCCCCUGUUUGCAAAUCUUUUGGGUCCAAAGGCUACCAAUUCAUGACUUUGUGGCUAAUAUUCUUGGGGAGGUGACCAUAUUUGAUGGCUUUGUAGCAGUGGUUCUCAGGUUUCCCCUUUCUAAGAGGCAUCUAAACAUGAGGAGGAGCUGGCCAAGUGCAGCCCUCCUAAUCAUCCCAGUUGGAAGCCAGGAAUGUCAAAGCAACCAAAAGGGUGUUGAUUGAUAUGUUUGAGCCGGUCCCUAGGCCGAAAGUGUAAAAAGUUAUGAGGGUUUCACUUGGAAGUUUGGCAACUGAUAAGCUUGUAAUGAAUGGUUUUUGGUCUCCAUUUCUUUAUUUUCCUUUUUUGGGGUGACA